AUGGCUUCCAAGAAGGAACAGUCUGAAACAGCUGUCACGCCGCGGGGAGCUCGAGACUCUCGCAGGGCCGACUCGGACAGCUUUCAGCUGUCGCGAACCGCCUGCGCCGCCCGCUUCCUCCUGGUGCUCUUCGCCAGCCUCCUGCUGAGCACGCUCUUCUUCUCGUUGACUGCAAGCCUGAAUCGCGAUGAUCUCGCCAUCAUCAGUAAGCACCUGGAAGGAUGGGAGGAGGUUGCCGGCCUACUAAGCUGGAGAGCUGUUGAGAUCGGCUUAUCUUGGGGCUUAGGAUUUGACAUAAUGACAGACAGAGAUGUCGCCUCCUUCUUGUUCCUCACCCACCUCCCCACUUACUCCCUGCUGUACUUCUUCUACGGCGUCCGGCCGACUUCGAUCCUGGUAUCUUUCGCGAUCACCAUUCUAUCAACCGUGAUUCCAUUCACCUACUUGCGCAAGCCCGCUUCGGUCCAUGAUCUAUCGCACGCGCCUUCCGGCUCCGUGGCAAAUCGGACUAUCCUGCAAGACCGCCUUACUACCCUCUAUACCUCUUUCGCAGCAACCUCUAUUUUCAGCGUGAUAAUCUACGUCUGCUACUCCACGUGGCUUCCAGCUCAGCUGGUGGUUCACUUCGAAAGCAUCCCCGAUAUCACAGCUGCAAGUUCAGGCGCUGCAGGUCUCUUUGGUCUCUACCUGACCCUCAUCCCAGCCGGUUUCGCCAUACGCGACUUCCUCUUUGUCAGCUCGGCUGGUCGCUCAUCGAAUGCGGGAGAGCCCCAGCACCCUGUUAGUCGCGAGGGCGAGUAUCUGAUCACGGCCAUCUAUCGUAAGACGUGGGGCCGGCUUUCGGCAAAGACUCAGGUUCUCGUUUCCCGCACGUUCAUCCUUGCUGCUGCGGUCUUAAUCAAUUCGACCGUGCAGAUUGCAGGAACUAUCCGUGGUGUCUCGGCUCAGGGUGCAUCCGUGUGGGGUGCGGUUUGGGCCCUUGCGACUGUGGUUGUGGGAGCGCUUUUCGGCUGGAUUGAAGCUGCCGAAGGCGUGUAA